GUAAUGUUAGUCACGUUUAUAGGAAUUUGACACUUGACGUGAAAAACUUGAUUGUCGUUUUUGUGAUAGUGUUUGCUGUUUGCGGAAAGUGUAUAUAAUUAUUUAUUUUUUACAAAAUAAGCAAAGCUCAUUCUAGGCAAACAUGGCUGACGAUGUUCCGGUAAAUUCAUCGAAAAAUGAUCAAAUAUCGGAAGAAAAUAAAUCUGAAGAGGAAGGUGCCUCAUCCAAAAAGAUUACAGUCCAUGUUAAAACACCAAAGGAAAAAGAAUCUUUUCAAGUCGAUGAAAACUGUUCUAUCAAAGAUUUCAAAGAGAUAAUUAGGAAAAAAUUUCCUGCUGAACCAGAUCAGCUAUGUCUCAUAUUUGCGGGAAAAAUUAUGAAGGAUGGAGAUAAUUUAAAACAGCAUAAUGUUAAAGAUGGACUGACUAUUCAUUUAGUCAUUCGAGCUGCGCCUAGAGCUACUGCAACAGCACCUCCUCCACCGUCAGCGGAGUACAGUAGAACUUUACCAGGCUUAGGAGGAUUAACAGGUUUAGAGCAAUUAGGUUUGGGAGCCCCAAAUUUUAUGGAUCUUGAAAAUAGGAUACAGCAAGAUAUACUUUCUAACCCAGAUAUGCUUAGAAGUAUGUUAGAUAAUCCUUUAGUUCAACGGUUGAUGAAUGAUCCUGAAAAUAUGCGAGCUCUUAUUACUAGAAAUCCACAAAUGCAGGAAUUGAUGGAAAGAAAUCCCGAAAUCAAUCACAUGCUUAACAAUCCAGAAUUAUUACGUCAAACAAUGGAAUUAGUUCGUAAUCCAUCUAUGUUGCAAGAAUUAAUGAGAAGUCAUGAUAGAGCAAUAAGUAAUUUAGAAAGUAUUCCUGGAGGUUAUAACGCAUUGCAGAGAAUGUAUCGUGAUAUUCAAGAGCCAAUGUUGUCUGCUACCGCAGAGCAGUUUAGCCGUAAUCCAUUUGCAGGUUUAGUAGACAACACUUCAGUUAAUAACCCUCAGCAAGGUAGGGAAAACACCGAGCCCCUACCCAAUCCCUGGUCAGGUGUAACUCAGACUACUAAUACAAAUACAACGACUACUAAUACCACCACUCAAGGUUUACCUUCUUUUCUGCAAGAAAUGACUGACAAUCCGUCUUUGAUGCAGAACAUACUCUCCUCACCCCAUAUGCAGUCUAUGAUGGAGUCACUAGCGGCUGAUCCAAGCAUGAUAAAUACAUUUUUGCAAGAUAAUCCAUUACUUUCCAAUAAUUCAGAACAAAUUCGCAACAUGUUGCCACAAGCUAUUCAGUACAUGCAAAAUCCUGAGAUGACUAAUUUGAUGACAAAUCCACAAGCAAUGCAGGCGAUUAUGCAAAUUCAUCAAGGCAUGGAGACUUUGAGACAGACAGCUCCGAAUCUGAUAAAUACUAUAAUACCAGGUGCUACAACUACAACCACUGCGUCUACAACAACGGUUUCAAGUACAACAGCCAGUACACCCAUUACUGCUGGUCAUGCUAGUGGAACUAAUACUACCACUACCACAACUGCACCUUCUGGACGACCAAACGAUCCAUUUUCAGAGUUUAUGGCUCGUAUGGUUGCCGGUGUGGCUAGUAAUCAAGAAAAUGCCAAUGCCAUACCUCCAGAGCAGCGUUAUCAGGCUCAAUUGGAACAACUUGCCGCAAUGGGAUUUGUGAAUAGGGAGGCCAACUUGCAAGCACUGAUCGCCACUUACGGUGACAUAAAUGCAGCUGUGGAAAAAUUACUGGCCCUUGGUCAGCUUUCCAUGAGCUAACCUUUUUUAACUGAAAAGUUCUUGUAUUAUUCCUAUUUUCAUUUUCUGAUUUUAUAGUUUAUUGUUCAUGUUGUUUGUAAAGGAUAUAAUUUAACGGUUAUUAUUGCCUACCUUGUGGACAUUCUCAAAUUUUUGUUAAGUGUUGAAACAAUGGUUUUUUUAUGUUAAUAUAUGUUAGGGUUUAAUAUCUAUAUAUGUCUGGAAAAAGUAAUAUUUAGGUAGAUUUACAAAUUUAAUAUAUUGUAACUACUGGAUAAGUGGUGUUAUUUAUAUAAAUAACCGAGUUCGAUUUAAAAAUUGGCUAGUACCAUAUUUUUAAAUAUUAAUAUAUUUUAUUAAAGGUAAGUACUACUUUUUCUACUAAAAUAUUUUGUAAAUAAAACCACUAAAGAAUGUGAAGUGUAAGCAUUCUUCGCAUUUCGAGAAUUGCUAAUUAUGCGUACAUCUCAUAUUCUCUUGUUUUUUGAGAUGAUGUUGAACCUUGUAAAUUUUAGAUUUAUCUUGCUAUUUAACAAAAAUGAACGUAUGUAAACUGUAUCGUGUUUAAACUGGAUAAGAUAUAUAGCGUAUCAAAAUUUGGAACAAUCACUGACAAUGGGUAUAAAAUAAAAAGUUCCCAGUUAAUAACAUGACACACCAAAAAUUAUAAAAGACAACAGCUUUGUAUUAACGUAUUUUAGAUCUUUUAUGCCCAUAUACAGUAACAGUAUAUCAUUCAUUGAUCUUGAUUUAAUACCCAUAUAGGGCUUGUUUGUAAGUAUAAUAUUUUUGCAUGACAAGUUCCACCAGUGUAUUCUGAAUUGUCUGCUUCAAAAAUUAUGAAAAAACCGAUCAGUAUGUAUUGAAAUAUUUAACAAGUUGACUACAACUUAGAUGCUUACCCGUAAAACGUACACAACUUAACUUUUACAUCAUGCUAGUAAAAUAAUUUUUAUUUCGUUCUAUUUCUGCUUAGAAAGGCCUACACAAUGUCAGUACUAAAAUUUUCAACGAAUAAUAUGUAUAGCAUUAGCAAGUACUCGUAUAAGGCUCACAUAUAAAAUAAUUGUCCAUUUUUACAUGAAGAUUGUAGUCAAUGUGUUAAUGUUAUUUAUUUGAAGUGGUGUUUUAUGAAAUUUACUUGAUAAAAGCGAAAAAGGCAUUUUGCCGCUAAUGAAAAGAACUUAAGUCGAUUUGCAAUAAGCAAGAGUUGUACAUAAUAAAUAUAUAUUUGUUAAAUUAAAAGCUAAAUCUGCUCAAAAGAUGUGUUUGCCUGAACACGUUUUUCACUUAUGUUUUUCACUAUACAUAAUUACCAAUAAUUUUAUAUACAAAUAAUUAUGACAGUUUUGUAAGUUACUUAGGGAUUUCUAGAGACUGGGCAGACAUUUUGUUAAUGUUAGUAUAGCCACUUUUUGAAAAUUCUUACUGGAAUGUUCAUAUUUUAAAUGUUGACUACUAUCAGAGCAUUAUUUAAAUAUCAGUAACUGUUUGGUACAUGUUGUCCCUUAUAUAUUUAUAAUUACAGAUGUAGUGUGGAGAUUUAACGUAAAUGUGUAGUCGGUUAAUGACUUCGACACUGAUAAAACGUAUCUCUACAUAAUACUUGUAAUUGUAAUACGAAUUAUAGCAUUCCUUAUGUAAUGAUUAUUAUUUACACAAAUAAAUGGUACUCUUUAA